CACAAAAUAUAUGAAUUUUUUGGGAGGAAAGGAGUAUAUGAACUUCUACCACAAUAUAUAUUGAGUUAAGAUAUCCAAACACCCAAACCCCAAAUAUAGUGGGAGUAAUACAUAUUAGCAGUAGUGAAUUUAAGUUCCAUAACAACAAUAAUGGUGUCAUCUUCAGAAGAGAUGAGCUUCGUUCUGAUCCCUCUAAUGGCCCCCGGCCACACCAUUCCCAUGGUGGACAUGGCCAAGCUCUUCGCUCUCCGCCGCAUCAACACCACCCUACUCCUCACCUCCCAAAACGCCGCCAGGUUCAAACCCGCGAUAGACCGCGCAGUCCGGUCCGGCCUCCCCAUCCGCAUCCGCCAGCUCCGGUUCCCGGCGGCCGAGGCCGGGCUUCCGGAGGGCUGCGAGAGCAUGGAUGUCCUGCCGUCUUACUCCUUAGCCCGAAACUUCUUAGCCGCCAUCACCCUCCUCCAAGAACAGGCCGAAAAGAUUCUCGGAGAGAUUACCCCGACACCCAACUGUAUCAUCUCCGACAAACACAUCCCUUGGACCGCCGAAACCGCCGACAAGCUCGGCGUUCCGAGGAUAGUGUUCGACGGCAUGAGCUGCUUCACUCAGGUGUGUCUUCAUAACUUGUACGGUCUCAUGGCUCGCCAGGGGAUCCCGGAGACGGCGCCGUUUGAGAUUCCCGACAUGCCAGAUAAGAUCGAACUCACCAAAUCUCAGCUUCCACCAGCUUUCAAUCCAAGUUCAAUGGAUCACAUGAAAGAUGUACGAGAAUUGAUAAGAGAGACUGAGGGUGUGGCCCACGGGUAUAUUAUAAACACUUUUGAGGAGCUGGAAGAAAAGUACGUUGACCAGUUUCGACGACUCAAAGGUGGGAAAGUUUGGUGCCUUGGGCCCUUGUCGUUGUGCAACGAGGACGCGACAGACAGGGCAAAGAGAGGUGGCGACGCGGCGGCUCCGGACGGCGGAGACGAUGGUCUGAAAUGGCUCGAGUCUUGGGCGGCCAAGACUGUGGUUUACGCCUGCCUCGGCAGCUUGGCUCGAGUUACUCUUGGACAGUUCAUUGAACUUGCUUUGGGUCUGGAGGCAUCUAAUUGUCCAUUCAUCUUGGUAGUCAAAGCAGGUGAGAGACACGCAGAGGUCCAAAAUCAACAAAAAUAUAAUACCAUGUUAAAGGAAUCAAUUCAACCAAAAACACAACUUUUUGGUCAUAGACCUAUAUAAUUUUAUUGUCUAAAAGUUACAAUAAAAAUUACCAUCGUUUUUUAAACAAAAAUGUUAGGGGAUCCAAAGAUUUUAACACCAAAUACACAUCAAGACCAAUAGAGACACACUCGGACAUUUAAAGUCUGUGCACAUGCAAACAUUAAAUAUCUGAGUGUACGUGUCUUGUUGGUUUUGGUGUGUAUUUGGCAUCAAAAUCUUGGGGUCUCCUUGUCACCCCUCUCUUUUUUAAUUUCUUACAAAUCAAUAUUGUGAACAAAUAUUGUGAACAAUAAUUAACAGGUAGAGGCAUGGAUAUCUGAGAACGGAUAUGAGGAGAGAGUGAAAGAGAGGGGUCUGCUAAUCCGGGGAUGGGUCCCACAAGUACUGAUUCUGGCCCAUCCUUCAAUCGGAGCAUUUCUAACGCAUUGCGGAUGGAACUCGACCCUGGAAGGGAUAGUCGCCGGCGUGCCGUUGAUAACGUGGCCCUUGUUCGCCGAGCAGUUCCUGAACGAGAAGUUUGCCGUGGAAGUGCUGAAAACGGCCGCGAGCGUCGGGGCAAAGUCAGUGGUGCACUUGGGGGAGGAAGUCAGAUUGUCGUCGUCGGAGCAGAGAGUCGACCGAGAGAGCGUGAGGAGCGCCGUCCAGAGGGUGAUGAUGACAGGCCAGGGGCAAGAUGGGAAUGCAAUGAGAGAUAGAGCUAUGAGAUUGAAAGAAGUGGCCGUGCAGGCAGUUGGGGUUGGGGGAUCUUCUCACCUCAAUCUCUCACUCUUCAUUGAAGAUAUCACAAGUACUAUGAAGAUGUGUUGAAUGUUUUAAGAAAUGUGUAGGACAUGCAAUUUUAAAAAAAACAUGUUUUUAUAUGUAUCUAUUUUUAAAAUAUAAUGUAUUUCAUCUCUCCAUAAAAAUGAUUUUAAAUU